AUGACCACCGACGAGUUUGGUGAGCUUGGUACAGCAACAGGUCAAGAACUUUUGGAGAACCUCAUAAAAGAAGGCCUAACGCCUUCAGGACAAGACUCAGAUCCCUCAAGGUAUCGCAAGCUAGUUCAAGUGCUUUUAGAAAACUGCAUCCUGAAACCCAUCGCCCGUGACAUACCUCCCAAUGUUCAACAAGCAGGUUAUACUUUGAACAUACUUCAACGUCAGACCAAGAUCCACCCCGGUCUUCUUUAUGUUACCGACAACGGUUCCCCUUUCUACAAGACCUUGAUCCCAAAGCUGGUAUAUGCUGCUGUACAUCUGAGUGAAGAUGCCCUAUAUGAUGAACUGCUGUCCUCGAUGGUGUGCAGUCUUGAAGCUAUAGGCAGGGACCUUCCAGAGGAAGACGUUAGCUGGGCAAAGGGCUCAAGGAGGCUGGGAGAGGUCGUUCGCCACAUGAAUGCUUUCUGUAAAGGCCUGGCACACGGAUACGUAUUCAUCACUUCUUUACCAAAUGCACUAGAAGACAAAUGGAGAGACUCUGUCGUCAGCUUCUAUGAUGAUAUGGGGAAUGCCGACGACCUGCUUCGUCUUGAAGUAUGGCGGUCGUUAUACCACCAACACAACUCAUUCGAUUCCCGUGAUAAUGUCGACUUUGCAAAAAUUUGUUUCCUACUAACGCCAAUAACACCACGUAUAUCCUCAAGUGGUGUGCAAAGUCAGUUGAAAUCUGAAACCGUGGGUCGCUGGAUGGAGGAUAUCGAGACGAAUAGUGAUAAAUCAGCUCGGAUACAUGAACUGCUAAAUCCCGGCAUCUCUUUGCACUCAAAGAAGAGAAAACGAUCGGAGGAAGAUGGUGAAGUAGUGAAUCUGAUUCGAGAAUGUAUACCGGAUUUCAUAUCAGACGGUGAUGUCUUGGCUUCCCUGUUGACAAGAAACGAUCUUCCCAAUCUGAACACUCUCCUACCUAGACUCAUCUGUGCUUUGGCAAAGUGUCAUCGACACGUCCCACCCACCGACCGUCAUCUCUCCGAUCAAUGCUUAGAUUUAUGGAUCAAAGCGGGAAAAGUCGAUUCUCAGGCUUUUCGCUCUUUGUGUCUGAUCAUCGAGCACAGUCCCGCUCGUGUUAUAGCAACUGGCAUCCAGGAGACUAGUCGUCAAGUCAUAUAUGAAAGAUUGUUCAAAGGUCUUCAUGCGGCUGACCGUCCGGUGCGAUCUGCGGCUGGAUUGCUCACAACAUCUUUGAUGGUUCGUGAAACUGCUUGUGUCGUGCUCGGAGGUAUUGGACGUUAUUCGCAAGGGGAACAUUUGUGCUCCAUCAUCAAGCUAUUAAUACGUCAAUUGGGCGCUAGUAGCGCUCCUCUGAGAAGUCUGGCCUACACAGAGAAUUUCCUCGAAACCACCCUACUGCAUACCCUACCCGCUCUGGUACUCUCUCGAAAUGGUGACGCUCUCAAGCAUAUCGCAAGCAUCGUCAAGCAGCGAUUGGGUGUUCUGCUCAUGGACAAUAUAUCCUAUAUAUUAGCGCAAUCGUUCCUACAUUCCGAUCACACCGACGCCGCGUUCAGUUUCCUCGUAUCUCUUCUUCAAAAUAUGACCAAUGGUCAAGUACGAGCCCAGCCAAACAUAUCUAUACCUUCUCUGAUGACCGCCUGUAUUGUCGACCUUGUCGUUAUGCUAAUUGUUGAACUUGGAGAUGAAGACAAAAACGCAAGGAAUUCUGCUGAAGCCGCUUUAAACAAGGCGAGCAUCUUGGCGCGCUUAUCAAGCUCGUCGGAGAUUCAAUGGCAUCCUUCUCACCUCAGCACUCUUGGAAUUGCCGAAUUGCGAGAAGAGACACUAAAAGCUUGGGCUCUCUUCAUCUUUACUCUAAAAUUCGCCGACGUUGGGCCUUUUGUCGGCCGAACAAGUGGAGCUCUGGUCGCCGAAUGGUCAAGUUUCAAUUCGACUGAGCGGAACAUCGCCAAAAGUAUCAUUGACGAUAUCGCCGACAAUGCCAAAAACCUAAGUCAAUUUGCUGACGAAAUAGUUGGCUUGGACGACAUUCCAGAGCUCUCCAGCGCUGCCGCUCGCCUCACCGCUCGGCGACGCAAGGCGAACAUACAUGAACACGUAUCAAAAGUUCUUGAUCGAGCGGACAGUAAGAAUGUUGCGAUCGCCACAGCUUCAAUUCGCGAAUUAAAAUCAUUGUUACUGUCAAGACAAUCAGAUAUCGAAACGCUCGUUCGUGGCGACACCUUCGAUCCGAUCAUGGCUCGUCUCAUGUCAAGUCUACUCUCUACCGCAACUCGCGAUGGUGAUUGCCAAGAGCUCCGCGAUCUCACAUACGAGUGUAUGGGUCUGACUGGAGCUCUUGAUCCCGAUCGUCUAGGUCUUCAAGCAGAGCACGGGACCAUGACUAUCGCCGCCAAUUUCAAUGAUCAAGAAGAAUCAAAGGACUUUGCAUUGCACCUCAUCCGAGAUCUCUUGGUCGACGCCUUUAGAGCCACUAAUGACACGAAACAUCAAACCCAUCUGGCUUACGCAAUUCAAGAGCUUCUCAAAUUCUGUGGGUUCACUACAAAAAUAGUACAUCCAAACGAGAAAGUCAGCAGCAAAGUUCGGGACCGAUGGCAGAGUCUGCCAAAAGAUCAGCUGGAGACGCUCACCCCGCUGUUGGAAUCCCGAUUUUCUAUCUCGGACGCUCCCAUCAAAGCCUACCCUCAUCCCAUCUACUCCUCGGCACCGACGUAUCGAGAGUGGCUUCAACAAUGGACGACGGAUCUGAUCGGACGAGUCAUGUCCAUGUCGGGUGAUAAUCAAUCGAUACGAGAUAGCAAGAUCAUAUUUGGUGCUUUUCGUGGUGUUCUACGGAAUCAAGAUGUUACAGUUGCGCACCACAUUCUACCGCAUUUGGUUCUAAACGUCCUUCUGUCUGGUCUUGCCAAGUAUAGAUAUGAAAUAUCCUCGGAAAUCAACGCGGUCCUACACGAACAGGUGAAUCCCACGGGUCGGUCCGACAAGCGGACUCUGAGUGCUCAGGUUAUAUUCGAUUUGAUGGACCAUCUCAGUAAAUGGCUCAGACUUUACCGAGUCAGCAAAACCGAAAGGAAUACUUACACCAAAGUAGUAGAGGACGUUUUAUCCGGUAUUGAAACAGAACUUAUGGCAAAUGCUGCUCUGCAGAGCAAAGCAUACGCUAGAUCUCUCAGGAGUUUUGAGGAGCGAAUCGUUAGUCUAAGAUCAGAGAAAAGAGAAAACUCGGAACUUCAAACGUAUUUUGAACGAGUCCACCAGAUUUACUCUGAGCUGGACGAACCAGAUGGUAUGGAAGGUAUCUCCGCUUUUGUCAUUUCCCCUUCUCUAGAGCAUCAGAUUCGAGAACACGAGAGUACCGGAAGAUGGACAUCGGCUCAAAGCUGCUGGGAAGUCCGGUUGCAGCAGUCGCCAGAUGACGUCGCACUGCAUGUAGGGCUGCUGAAAUGUUUGAGGAAUUUGGGACAUUAUGGUGACUGGGACACUGUGAAAAACCUCGGUGCAGCCGGACCAGCUAUCGGACAAACGCUCCUGGCGUUACACGAGCAUCGAGACUUGGAAUGUAGCUUGAUUGAAAGCAGACGGACUUUGGGAGCUGGUAUCACAGCGAAACAGUAUGGAAGGGCAUAUGAGCAGCUGCUGGACCUGCAUCUAGUCCGGGAAAUCGAAAUGAUACAUUUCGCCAAACAAACCAUCGAGACUCUUCCAAAGAGUCCGAAUAGGACCGCACUGAUCCAAUCAACCGCUCAAAAGUUGAUCAUGUCACUCAAUUCUCGAUUCGAAUUCACCUCGCCUACUUUUCGAAUACGUGAGGCGGUACUCAGUAUUCGAAGGACGGCUUAUGCACUCAUCAACACCCCUACGUUGAAAUCUGAAAUUGGAGAUGCUUGGAUUUUGAGCUCGAAAAUCGCAAGGAAAGCGGGGUAUGAUCAAUCCGCUUACAGUGCGAUCCUACAAGCCAAAGAGGCAGAUGCGCCAUUUGCUUUUAUUCAGCAAGCAAAACUGCAUCGAGCUCAAGGAGGUGUUUACAAAGCUCUGGCAGAUGUGGAUAAUGCGCUCAAGCCGUUCCUCAAGGAGGAGGCAUCAAGAGAAGCAACUGAAGCAAAAGAUUUCGCCAGGGAAAGGAAACUUGCCAAGGUGAGUUUGGAUGUCGAAUCUCCUUACUAUCAUUUGGGACAUUACUACGACAGCAUGACAGGCACACCUGAGCAGAUGGCCCUCUUCCAUUAUCAGACUUGCCAUUACUAUAUUCUUGCUUUACUUCAUGGUGUGAAGUAUAUCUAUCAAACAAUGCCUCGGAUGCUUACACUAUGGCUCGACCUCGGCGAAAUAAAGGAUCCUAAAAAGUAUGUGACUAUAGCAGCUAUAUUGGCUGACGUCGCAAAGUUUCUCACCGCGUUCCCCCAAAUCAUUUCGCGCAUUGUUCAUCCGAAUCCUGAAGUAGCUUUCGUUUUGAAAAAGAUCAUGGCAGCAGUCAUCAUCAGGUAUCCCCAACAUGCUCUUUGGCCCACUGUAGGUGCUAUGCAAUCCAAGAGACCCGAGAGGAAAGCGGCAUUCAAAGGAGUCUUGGAUAUGAUAGUCACUAAAAAGAUUCCUGCAAAUGUGAUACCUCUCAUCAAGGACGCGACAAACUUCUCCAGUGUGCUCUUGAGAUUUACCGAUGAGAAAGUUGACGACAAGAAGAGGCAAAUGUCCUUGGCGUCCGAUUUCGACUACGUGAAGAAAACGGCUACAAAGAUGAUCCUUCCACUGCAGGAUGCUCUGACGUGCACGUUGCCGACCACAUCGGAUACUGUAAAGUCACACAAUCCUUUUCCCAACGUACCUGUGACUAUUGCUUGUGAGUAUCUCAAGAUAUUGUCUCUUGCUUACGUCUCAGACAUCGAUGACCGUGUCGAUAUCAUGCCGUCACUACAGAAGCCUAAAAAAAUUAGCUUUGUUGGUAGCGAUGGCAAAAAGUAUCCAUUCCUGUGCAAGCCACAUGACGAUCUUCGAAAGGAUGCGAGACUCAUGGACCUCAACUCGAUGAUCAACAAGUUGUUGAAGAGUGCUUCCGAGUCCAGAAGACGACAACUCUGUAAGUUCUCAAAUGCGCGCACAAAGCUGAUGUUAGAUAUCCGGACCUACGCCGUCAUGCCUCUCAACGAAGAGUGCGGUCUUCUGGAAUGGGUCGCAAAUACCAAUGCACUAAAGCGUAUCCUGGAAGAAGGAUACGCCCGACACGGCAAGAAAAUUUACCUGUGCAAAGAGAGAGAUGAUCUAGAGCCGCUCGUCGGGGUAUUCAAAGAGAAUGUUCUCCCACGAUACAGACCAACAGCAUUCCACGAAUGGUUCUUGACGAGAUGGCCAGAACCUUCCGCAUGGCUCGCCAGUCGUAUGGCAUAUGGUCGUACACUUGCAGUCAUGUCAAUGAUUGGAUAUGUGUUGGGAGUACCGUUCCGCUUAACCCAGAAUUUGGUCGACGCGUUGGGUGUGACCGGUGUAGAAGGUGUUUACCGCAAAGCUGCUGAGAUCACAAUGGGAAUUUUAAGAGCCAACAGUGAUUCUUUAAUGAGUGUUUUGGAAGCGUUUGUUCACGACCCUUUGCAAGAAUGGAUCAAGAGUGGCCGAAGCAAAUCAGAUAGAGACGUCAAGGUGUACGCCGACAGAAACCUGAGACCGAUCAAAGCUAAACUCCGAGGCAUAAUGGAAGAGGGAACAGUCGUCUCGGUUCCCAGUCAAGUCGAAGCUUUGAUUAAAGAGGCAACAAGUCCAGCAAAUUUGGCUGCAAUGUAUAUUGGUUGGGCAUCGUGGUUGUAA